AAGGUGAUAUAAAAUAUUAUACGCGUGUGGCAUUGGGCGCUUAUUCGAAUCCAAUGGUUUGUGUGCACGAAAACUUUCGUUGCAUUUUGGUGCUUGAUGAGAAAAAUGUAAACCUAGCAGAUCCGCCGCUUCUAAAUCGAUUUGAAAAACAAAAAAUGUCGAUUAACGAUGCAUUAGAUGAUUAUAUGGAAAGAUUAGUAGUAAGGCUUGCUGAUUGGUCACAGCAAAUUUCAAAUUACAUAAAGAAGGGUGACACAUCUAAAUCCGAAUUUAAUGAGCAUGAUGUUUUUAUUGGGUUUGAUAAAGAAGAAACCUUACAAAGUUUGGUUAUUUAUAAUUGCAGCAACAAAGAAAUUAAUAAUGAUGAUGAAACAAUUCUGAACAAGUGUAAAGAAUUAUUAAUAGGCAUUGCAACAUCAGAUGGCGUGGUGCGAUCAAAGGAAUCUAUGCUAUCAGUUACAAAUCAUGAAGAAACUCAAAACUGGUAUAAUUUCUAUUUUCACGAGCAACAACAUGAAAACCUUUUCAAAUAUAUUCAGUCAUUAUUAAACAAUACUGAAGAUAUUAUGAAUAAGCAAGGGUUCAAAGUAAUAAUUAACACGUUUUCAAACAUCAAUACUGACAUAUCUUUCUGCUUGAACGAUAUCUUGACAUAUCAAGUUGACAAGAUUUCAACAUUCAAAUCCGAAGCCCAAUUACAAAAUCGAAUUAAACAUUUCUGGUUAGAAUCAGAUGAUGAAAUAUUAAUCCUUCAAUGCGAUCUAUCAAUCGUUAAUUCUGGAUGUGUUAAACUUGCAAAAUUCAUUAUUGAACAAUGUAGAAAUGAAUAUUUGUCUGCAGACAAAUUCUUAGAAAACACUAAGCCAUUAAAACAUGUUUGCAUAAUUCUUCAUGUGCAACGAAAAAAUGAUACUAAACCAUCAUUUAAUUUUAUGUGUGGUUGGGAUUUGAUUACAAUUGAAACCCUAGAACCUCAAAAACAUCACCUCUUGGAUUAUCUAGAUGGAAAUAUGUCUCAGAUACUUGACAAUACAUAUAAAUUUGAAGAGAUUAUUGAGCAAGAAUUAUUUUGUCAUACUACAUUAAUUGAAUGUUUAAAGAUUAGAUCACUUGAAUGGCUUCAGGAAAACGCGCCCGAAAAUUGGCAAUUCCAAGUCGCAACAAACAAAACUGACUUACAUUUAUAUUCAUCAUUUUCUAUUGUUCUACAAGCAUAUAUUCGUAAUCUGGUCAGAAAACCAAUUGCAAAACUUCUCUGUGCAUUGGAAAGAUUAUCAGGUCUUUCGACUCUUUUUAAAAAUAAUCACUUGGAACAAAAUCUACAUGCAGAUGAAACCACAGUUAAUUUACUUACAUUUUGGGAAAAAGUAUUUAUGGAUCCUAAAAUUGUUAAUAUCGAAUUCAUGCUAGAUCCACGACCAGAUAGAUACUUUAUACAGAAUAAAAAAUAUGAUUUGGUAUUUCCUUUCUCAACAUACAUCAUGGGCCAAAUUGAUAAAUUCAAAAGAUUAUAUGAAGAAGAUUUAGCCAUGUUAGAAGAAAAGGAAGAAAACUUAGAUGAUACUGGAGAGCUAAAAGCUACUAUUAUUGAAGAUUGCAUAGAAAGAUUUUCUGCAAACAUAAUGUCAGCAGUUCCAAUAUUGAAGCAACCACAAUUGACUGAAUUUGCUGAAUUAUAUUUCAAGGAUUUUCUAUCAACUUUUUCACCAAUAAAUAAUGACAAUGAAUUCUUAUCUUGGAUUAUCAGUCAUAAUAUGGGACAACAAAUACCAAAUCCUUUUAGACUUCAUGUUUAUUGGUGGGAUAAUUCUGAAAUUGCAUUAACUGAAUUACAACUAUCAAUAUUAUGUCCUACAGUAAUCGAAGAAAUGCUUAAAUUGGAAUUUGAACAGAGCAAAGAAAUGAACUUUGAACGAGAUUUGUUGGAGAAAAUUGCAAAAAUAAUGAUAGAAAAGCUUUGUACAAUUGAUACAAAUGAUACAAACUGUAUAAAAAAUCAACUUUUGAUAUGGCAACGUGAUACCACGAAUAUUUUAUCUUUAUCAAGCAAAUUACCUAAUUCUUUUGAUAAUCCGUCUAUUCACAAACUGCGAAUAUACAAUGAUCUUUCAAAAUCUCUCGAAUUGCAAAAACUUAUUGAAAUUCGGAAUCUUGAAAAAGAUAAAGACAAUGAUGAAAUGAAUGAAGAAGCACUUUCAGUGCAAUUUAUAGAUAUUGUAUUUGAAAAGUUGUAUGAAUUGCAACAAACAGAAGAUAAUAUAUCAUUACAAAGAUCUUUUACAAAUAGGUGUUUGAACACGUUAUCACUUGAAUCACCCAUACGUCUCCGUCUUUAUGAAAAAAUAUUUACGCAAGAACCUUUGCCAUUAUUAUGCUUCCCAACUAUUCAUCGUAUCUUCCUCACAGAAUACUAUGAAAAUUAUGAUAUUUUCUUUAACCUAAUUGACGAUCCUCUUGAAAUUUUAGAAGAAUCUGAACGUUUACAAGUCAUAGAAGGCAUUCUGAACAAUAAACACCCUGAUUCAGAAAUAACUGCUUUGUGCUGUGAUGUAAUUCAAACGCAAUUUUUUUCAUCACACGAUUUCCAAAAGUUAUCAAAAUAUUUCCUCAAAGCAUCAGAAGUUCUAGUUACUGCGGACGUCAAAAUAUUACAGAGAAUAUCUGCCAUUGCUCUUCUGAAAGUAUUUGUAAAUAAAUUAUGGGAUUUUACAUCAAUUAAAAGAUCUUUAACAGAUCCCAUAGAAUUUGAAUUUGAAAAUGAAGAAUUUAGUAUUAAUGAUUUUAAUCAGCGUUUAGAAUUACAGAAACCUUUAAUUCAUUCAUUGAUGUACUAUAAGCUCAAGUCUUUACGAUUAUUAGGAUUUUCAAUCGAUGAUAUAAAACGAUUCUGUGGAGUGCAGCAACAAAUAAUGCCAUGGCUUGGUGAACUUGUAUGGGAUGAUGAUGAUAGUCGAUUGGGUUAUAAUCCCUAUUGGUAUGUCGAACAGUAUAAGCGAGCCGAAUUUGCGGUCUCAAAAAUGUUGAGUCGUGGAGAUUGUGAAUAUUUGGAUGCAAUGCUAAAAGAUAUUUUAGGUCCAACAACAAACAACUCAAUCAAUCAUCGAAUUUCAUUCGCGGGAAUAAUUAUAAUGAGGCUUUAUAUUAUUCGAGCAACACGCGAAUGGAAUCAAUCUGAAACGCUGCUGGCACAAAAGAUUAAAACUUAUUUCGAUACGCCUCAGAUCCCUCAGUUCUAUAAACAACCAUUGUUAGGAUUUUUAUCAAAUAAGCAUGCACUUUGUAAACUUGCUGUCGAAGAUGAUAAUAAGAAAAUAUUUAUAGCCUCAAUAAUCGCGCAUAUAGUUGCUUUGCAUAUUUCUAUUCCUCAAAAUUCUUCUCCAUUAGCUACAUAUAUGCAAGCAUUACAAACGUGUCAAGAUGAUUUUAUUUUGGCAUGUCCUUCCGAUGAGUUAACUGUUAUAAUGAAUGCAGUAAUGGAUGAAGAAGCAAAGAAAAAAGAUAGCCGAUUAACAAGUAAUUUAACUCUUCAAAAAUUCUUUAUUAAUAGAUAUCGAUGUAAUAAAUGUGGAGAAAUAUACCUUGUUGGAGAAUGCGGAAAUGUGACAAUGCAUAGUCAAUGUCCAACGUGCAGAGGAGAAAUCGGUGGCAGGGGUUAUAAUCAACCAUCUGAAGGUAAUACACGUUUAGACGGUGAACCAUUAACGCAGCAAAGAGAUGCAAAAGAUCAACGAGGUUAUAUAGUAGAAAAUAAAAUCACAGAAAAUUUCUACAGCGUUAGAUCAAUGACCCCAGCAUCCUAUAGAAUAAUCCAUCUUUUUGUGCAUGCAAUUAUUGGAAUACAAGCUCCAUCAGAAAUUGUCAGCAAAUUUAUCAAACAUAAUGUAGAAGAAAAUAAUAAUCUUCAUAGAGCAGAAGAUAUUGCGCCAUUCUGUGCAAUACACAUCAAUAAUGAUUGGGAUGCGUUGAAAACCAUACUUGCUUGUGACGAUGAACAAUUAGCAUUAGUUUUGCACGCGAUUCUGUCUGAAAUGACACAACAGCCAUUACAACAACCAGCAAGGAUAAGCACACCUAUUGAAAGAGAAACUUGGGAAAAUCAAUUUAGCCAGAAAUAUAUUUUACCACUAACAAAAAAUGUGAUGGGAACUGCAACAGAUUUUAAUAUGCUAUUAGAAACAAAUAUAACAAAUGCUCAACAAAAAACUAAGGCUGAAGUUAGUGAAAUAAUGAAAUUAAAUGAUCAAUAUAUGGAAAAUUAUUUACCUCGACUAUGGCGUCUUGUUGGAAAUGCGGAUAUCACUAAUUUCCGAGCGUAUUACUUAAACGAUGCAAAACAUAUAGAAGCCUAUCCAUUUCUGGCAAUCUUUCUAAAACAUGAAAACAAUUUACAUCUAAUAAGUCAUCUCUCUCCAAUUGUGAAAUUUGUUCAAAUUUUAUCUACAAGCCUUUCAUAUCGUAUUGAAAGACAAGAAGCAAGAACAAUGACUUUCCGACAAUUCAUUCUUAAAGAAAGCGAUAGCGAUGGUACUGGUGAAACACAAAGAACAUUAGAUAAGGCAUUCAUUAACUUUGCAGAUUCAUGGAAUGACUUGAUUCCAUAUGUCAAUAGAUAUCAAUGCCAUCCCUUACCACAAGCAAUGCCAAAAAUGCAUGACAAUAUUCCUGUUGUUUUUGGAUUAUUAGAACCGGUUAACGAAAGUUUAUUUUUGUGUGCAGCUAUAGAUUUCUUGGUUCAGCUUCAAAAUGCUUUCCUUAACGAAGUUAUUGAAAUUCCUUCAAAAACGUGUCAAUCCUUAAAAUUUUUAGAAAAAGCAGCCAUUCAAAAUGAUGACGAUAGGCACAUUCAACCUACAUAUCAUUUAAAGUCAAUUACUCUCGAUAACGCAAGACCGGAAAAUAUUAUCUCUUAUGAUAAUGGAAAUUCAGAUAUCUUCAGAUUUAGUCAAUUUGAUUUGAGAAUUGGUCAUGGUCGUGAAAUCCAGUAUGAUUUACGUAAAAUCGAAGCUGAAUUAGCACUUGAGCUAGUUCAUGAAAAAACAUUGAUUAAACCUGAUGAAAAAGAAUUAUAUUUAGAACCUUUCGUGUAUCACAAGGAAAUGUUUUCUGGAUCUAUGACAAUUUUAAGUGAAAUUAAAAAUUUAAUGCCUCAAGAACGUAUUCCUGAAGAUAAGAAAGUAAUAUUUGUAGGAACCUAUUCUAAUUAUGGAAAUUAUAGUGAAGGAGGAUCUUCAGCAUUAGAAAAUCCGAAAGAAUUGCUUUCAGCCUUGGAAAUAAUGCUUUGUUUUCUAAAACGUACGUCUGGAAGCGAUUGUGACACAUUGAUCACGGAAUACAUUGAAAGUUGGAUGAAAUUAGCCGUAUUGAAAGAAAACAAUAGUAGUUAUAAAUUAUUGUUAAAAGCUGGUCUACAACUUAAACAUAUAGUAGCGUUAUAUGAGUUAGUAGAAGAGCACGUAGCUGAUGUAGUUGCCACUUGUAUUCCUCAAAAAUAUCAAGAAAAACUUGGUUAUUCAUUGCAACAAGAAAUUUUAGAUGCAGUUGAUUUUGAAUCAUUAGAACAAGGAGAGCAAAACCAAAAUGCCAAGUCAAGUAAAAAUUUACGCAUUUCGGCUAAAGCAUUUGCUACGGCAUUGAAAAGGUUUAUAAUAAGAUAUUUGACUACCAAUGAGAGCAUUAUCGAAACAGAAGAUUUGAUGUACUAUUUGGUGGAAGAUGAAAGCCUAGAAU